AUGUCGCAAACGCAGCCGCCGCCCGCGUUAAAUGACCUCGAAAAAGAACUGGGGUGCUCGAUCUGUACGGAGCUACUCUACCAACCACUGACGCUGCUGGACUGUCUGCACACCUUUUGCGGAUCAUGCUUGAAAGAAUGGUUUGCAGCGCAGGGCUCACGGCGCCGCUCCUCGUCAGACACUUCCCCUCGGUUCACAUGUCCAUCAUGCCGUGCAGAAGUCCUACGCACGCGCACAAAUGCGACGGUAACGACGUUACUGGACAUGGUGCUGAAGGCGCAUCCCGACCGUGCCCGAUCUGAAGCCGAAAAGGAAGAAAUUGCAACCCGCUACACUCCAGGAGACUCUGUAUUUCCAUCCCGAAGGAAUCCUCCCGGCAGCGAGGAGGAUGAGGCGGACCAACGGCUAUUACAGCAGGUCCAAGAGAUGAGUGUUCGGGAGAGUCGGUCACAUGCCCGGAGAGAAGCGCGUCGGGCAGCUGGGCAUUCGGGGAGAAACCGCGAAGGGAGCAGCCAUCGUGAGCGCUCAGGAGAUGAAACAAGGACAAGGCGCCGACGAGGUGGAGAAUCGGGGCAUUCUCAUGAUGAAAAUAAUCAUGGACGGCGCAUCCAGCACCAGUCGAGCUUGCGGUCGAUUAUCAGCUUGACCGCAGACGCAGAGGCUAUACAGGAGCAAAUUAUACGGCAGAUUCUAGAUCAAGGUUUUCUUGACGAUGUUGAUUUCGACACUUUGACCGCGGCACAGGAGGAAGAAUUGAGUGAGCGGAUUGCAGAUGCCUAUCGUCGGGGUCAACUACAAUAUCCACGCUAUCCUGAGGAUUCGAGUCCCCGACGAUCUGCCGAGGAUGGAGAGCGUGCUCGCUCACGAUCGCAAUCCGUGCAGCGGCCGAGUGAGAAUACUACUACUUCGAAUUCCACUAUCACUACUAUGGCUGCUGUGGCUUCCACUGCUCCCUCACCGUCGCCAUCGGCUCGUGACAGCGCGGACAGGCGGCCCCCCGCAACUAGACCGCAUUUGUUUGAUCCACCGACGUCACGGCCGAGGUCAAAUCGCCAACGAAGAAACUCUGAACACACCGAAAGUCGUCGUCGGGCAUCCCCCAUCCGUGUCUACGAGGCCUCUAAUUCCGAGGAUAAUCUACGGCCGGCUGUUCGAUCCUCCAGUGACAUGACUGCUGAGCGAAUACACAGCGCGCACGCGACACGAGCAAGAGCCGAGGCGCCUGGAUUGCGUUCGCGGCGUGCAACAGAUUCAGAACAUGGCAUAUCCGAUGACUUGGUGAGCGGAGGAAGGGAGCGCAACGCGUCGUCUAGUACGAACAUCAGUCAGCCUGAGACGGUCUCGGUGUCUACCCCAGACUCACCGGCGGGAGAGCACCUGGCACCUUUGGUAUCUUCACCGCGCGUUCCACCCAGGUCAGAAAGGCGUCCUCGGUCCUCUCUUUGGAAUGCGCAGGCGCCUUCUGGCGCUCAGUACCUGGAGCCGUCAAUCUCCUGUGAUCGUUGUGGCACCUCGGAUAUUCAGUACGACGUGCACAAGAAAUGCUCGAAAUGCAAAGACCCCUCCUUCCACCUUUGCUUGCGAUGUUAUCGCACAGAUGGAGAUUAUCCCUAUGGGGACUCGUCUCGGGUGAGUGGGUUCGACCCCGCGGCCAAAGCAAUGUACGAGCGAAUCCAGGCAUCACCGAAUCACCGUCCGGCGAGAAUGCGCCAAACCGGUCACAUAAUGCGCGCGUUCAAGUACGACCGGCCUUCGGAAAGUGCACAAGUCGUGAUCAAUGGGGAGAGAAAGAUUACCAACGACAACCCCGCGCUACGUCUGAUAUCCGGCCUAUUCUGUGACAUCUGCCAGUCUCCAGCCAAUGAUUGCUUCUGGAAAUGCAGUCGAUGCAACGAAGGAGAUUGGGGCUUCUGCAAUCGUUGUGUCAAUCAGGGGAGGUGCUGUACGCACCCUCUCUUACCUCUUCGGCGCGUGGUUGGGGCUCCAAAGGCUUCGGCGACUAGUACUCCCGCGGACUCCAUCACUCUUUCACGAUCCAACACCGAAGUCUUCAAGACGCUCUCCUUCUCCACCAACUGCGACAUUUGCACGUACCCAAUCCCUGCAUCCGUAACCCGAUUCCACUGCCUGAAAUGCAACGAGGGCGACUAUGACGUCUGCACCAACUGUUAUCUGAAACUGGUGGCCACUUCCAAGAUCAGCAAGGAAAAUGGGCAUAAUGGUUGGCGCCGCUGUCUGUCCUCCCACCGCAUGAUCGUUGUUGGCUUCGAGGACCGAGACGAUGGCCAACGGCGUGUGAUCGUCAGGGACCGGGUCGGCGGUAACGCCCUCCAAGAGGAGCACAUAGCUGCACAAUCGCCACCGAGUUCGUCAGCCGGCAGCAGUCCCGUCGCCUCCGCCGACAGGAUAAACGGCUACUGGAGCUGGAAAGAAGGCUCCGAACGCCGGAAAAAAGCAUCUCGUCUUCGAGGUUCAUUUUCCCAUCCUAGCGGUGGUGGGAACGCAGGCCAUUCUCAUGCUCAGCCAUCCAGCACCCCGGACUCGAGUUCUGGAAACAAUUCGCCCUCACUGCAGCAUGGGGCCAUAUUCCGACGCUUCCCACCUGACGGCGGCAUGGGCCUCGUGGUCCAGGCGAGAUGGUCCUAUUUCCCUGGAGAAGAGGACGAAGAUGAAUUGUUUUUCCCUCGUGGUGCGGAAAUUAAAGAAGUUGACGAUGUGAAUGAUGAGUGGUUUUGGGGAAGUUAUGCUGGACGGACGGGUUUAUUCCCCGGUACGCAUGUCACUGUUGUGGGAGAAAUCAAGUGA